AUGUCUAUCCGCGGCGUCUAUCAGCUCAUGCGUCUGGAACUCAAGUAUUGCGACCACAGCGGCAGCAGCCGUCACCUCCGCAACUUCCUCGAAAAUCACCUCAAGACCUUGCGGGAGGAGUGGUCGCACCUGGACAUCACCACGACGGUGCGACGAGGGCGGCAUCCGCACGUGACGGGAACAUAUCGAAACGGUAGACAGAAGACGGUGGACCUGAAGAACAAGGAGGAGGAGAAGAUCAGGUACCACUUGAACUUCCUGUUCACCGAGAAGGGGAGGAAAUCAAGCACCAAGUUGCCGGGGAGCAGGAGGAUCACGGAUACGCCUUCGAUCCAGGGGAGAUGGAGGCCAGGGAUGUGGGACACUCCGACAAAGAGUGCGGGGGCAGCAGCGAGCUGA